AUGAAGCUAUCUUGUGAGGAAAUUUUGACAACAGUAAGUAAUGCAGAGAUUGAAAGCCUUCAGGAGGAAUCAAGUAAACUCGAGGAACGGUUAUCAAGCAUACGUGAUAAAAUCAUUACAAAAUGGACUGGAGAGGAAUAUCAGAAGCUUGCUACAGGUCUCCAGACCAAACAUCGUCAGAUGAUGCAGGAAGGACAAGAGGAAAUCAAAAAGCAUCAAGGCAAUGUAAAGAGAAUGGAACAGCUCAGUAAAAGUAAUAUGAAAGAACUACAGGAGCGUGUUGGGAAGCUGCAGGAGUUGAAGGCAAGCUUACAGAGACUACAAGGAGAGACAGAUAAUAUGCUACACCUGAAGGAGAAUGGAAUCACACAGCUAAACGAGGAGUCCAAGAAAAUUCUAAAGGAGAAAGAGUACUUAUCCCUGCAGGGGAAGGUAACACAAGAAAAGCUGGUGGAGCUAGACAAGGCAGCCUCCAUGUUCCACACCAGACUUGGAUUGACGUUCAAGAAAACCUCAGGUAACCGUCUGCAAUGCCUCUUUAAACACAUAGACAGAGAUGAUCCAGAAGCAGUGUUCUAUUUCUUCAUUAAAGUGGAGGGUGAAGAUCGUCAAUAUGUUGUUUCAGAUUGUGAACCUCCAGUGCCUGAAUUGGAGAUUUUGGUGGAAAAGCUUAACCAGACCAACAAUUUGCGAUCAUUUGUUGUGUGUAUGAGGAAGCGAUUUCAGCAGCUUGUACAGGAGCAGAAAACCCAAUAACAGAAAACCAAGCAGCCACCACAGUGAAUUAUCAGGACGUUACAAUUAAUCUUGCUUGGAAAAAGACUAGGAAUUAAUCCUACAAAGAGGAAAAAACAGAACAAAGAUGUAGUCAAGCUUGACAUUUGACUUGUACCUUAGGCUCAAAUAUUCCUACAAUUUUCAAAGAAAAAAUAUGGGAAAAAAAAAAGUA